AUGUCUCUCAGAGAAUGGCAUGUGGACGUCGGCGCUGUGACAAUGCGUGGACACAGGAACUCGGACGAAGAUGCUCUCAUCGUCCUUGCAGGCAUCCCCUCCCAUGGGAACCAUCGCAUCCAAGCACUUUUCGACGGGCACGGUGGAGACCAGGUCUCCCGUUUCCUCGCUUCGAAUCUGCAGAGUACCUUAGCCGAGUUUGCGGACUUGUCUAAACCCACGCUCGGCUAUCUCGGCGUGGCGUUGGAUGAUAAGAUUCGACGAGAGGGAAUCGGACAUGCAGGAUCAACAGGGGUUAUUGUCAUCAUAGAAAGCGUACAGACCCCACGGACGGUCCUGACACGAGGGCGAGAAGUUGUGGAUACCCCUGAUGCAAGAACGUUAAGGCAGGAUCACCGUGGAGACCGCCUACCGUUGGAAACAACAGAGCUCGGAUCCGUUCAAGCUCCUUUCCUUGUAACCGUCUUGAACACUGGGGAUUCGCGAGCAAUGCUGGUCACAAACUCGGACUACUUUGAGAUGACGAAGGACCACUCGCCUCUCGACCCACAAGAAAAACGACGCAUCGAACAAGCGGGCUACUCGGUGACGAAUGACCACGGUGUAGCUCGAAUACAGCACACGGUCGCGAUGAGCAGAGCGUAUGGCGAUCUGAGUUUGAAAGUGCGCGCGUCGGGUAAACCUUCGGCGAUGAUUCCGGAUCCAGAUAUUCGACAGUUCUACGCGUCGUAUGGCGACACUGUUGUUCUCUUCUGUGACGGCGUUACGGAACCACUCACAGUAGACUGGCCCAAUGUGGCGGCAGGCGUUCGGCGACUCUUUUCAAACGGGAACAAUCCUACCGCAGUGGCUGCCGGCUUGGCGGAUAUGGCCUUCGAAGAAGGAUCGGGCGAUAAUAUUAGCGUGAUAGUUACCCAAUUUCAUGGGGAACAUCCAUCAAAGCCGACUGCCACACUGCGCGCCUGCGCCGUGGUUCAAGGUUCUUCACACACGUCAAGGGAAGAGAACUGUAGCGACCGCUUUGACACUUUGACCAACAGUUUCUACGUGCCACUGUUUUAA